GUGAGUCAGUGGGCGGGGCAGGAGGAGGAGACAGGAGGGGCGGGUCCCGUGGGCGGGGCAGGAGACCGCAGAUCCCGCAGGUUCCGGUAGUGGCGGCACAAGGGCAAAUUCUCUGUUUUAUUAUGAAAAAGGAGAUGAAGAGUUCCUGCCCAGAAGAGCGACUCAUAACCAAAUUUACUGAGUAUGUCGGGUCAUUUGCCGUCAGGGAGUCCAACUGGCGCCGGAGACUUUGGAUCAUUGAAGAGCAAAUGAGUUUCCUGAAGGACUGUCCCAGAAGGAGACCCGUUAUCCUGAGAUUCUGCCUCCUGGGGGUGAAGAUGUACGAUGCAGAGGGAGAGACGCUGCUUAUGGCUCAUGCUCUGAGGAGGAUACAGUACAGCACUUGCCGGCCCGAGGACUCCCAGUUUGCUUUCGUGUCCCAUAACCCACAUUGCCCACAGGCCCAACUAUUCUGCCAUCUGUUUGUGGGUAGCCAGGCAAGUGAGGCGCAGGUGCUGAACCUCCUGUUGUGCCGCUCCUUCCAGCUCCAGUAUUUGGCUCAGCACCCGGAGCUCCGGGAUCCCAAGAUCUUAGUGAAUCCUGAGAAGGAGCAAAGGAAAAGUUCUGGAGCUGCGGUGGUACGGGAGCCAUUGGACCCUGGAGAGGUCUCCCCAAAUGUCAAUGCGCUGAUAUCAUUUAGGCGGGUCCCCCUGUCCCAAGAGGAGGAGGCAGUGUCCCCUGUAUAUACAGAUUUGCCCCCCAGAUCAGAAGUGACCAGAAGUGCCUCCCUGGGAAAUUCCAGUUGUUCUCCUACCUUGGUACGGAAGAAAGCCAUUCGCAGCAAAGUCCUGCGCUCUGGAGCGUAUCGCAGCCCUGGAUCUCACAUGCUGCUGACAUCUGUGUUAGAGACCUGCAGAGAGCAACAAGACCCACAGAGAUGGAAUUUGCCAGAACUUUCUGAGAAGAUUGAGAGGCUGCAGGAGGGCGUCUGGUUCUGUUGGGGAAUGAACUGGGAGGCAGCCAUGUCACUCCUGCAACAAGACAGACUGGGGGCGUAUUUGCUCCGCGCAGACCCCGACAGUAUCGGCCGCUGGACCCUCUUCACAAAGACUCAGUGUGGGCUCAUUCCUUACAGAGUGUGCCGGGGGCAGAAGGGCACUUACCGCUUGGAUGUAGCACCUCCCGGAGGAAUUUGGGGGUCUGGCAGCGCUGGUGGAGCAUCAGUCAGGAGCCGACAGUAGCCUCUUCUAUCCGCUAGCCCACGGCCGGGUUAACCCUUGCUAUGAACUCCAGGAGCCCAGCUGCAGCCCCCAGCACCCCUCAGAUGUCUCCCGGGGUUCCCCACAAGGAUUCUGUGAACAGAACAGCCCCCCGUGACCUGAGGAAAACCCACAAACUCAUGUUGGGACUUAAUGUUCUAUAGAAGUGACUGAUUGUGUAGCACCUUGUGGGGUGGCUCAGUCAGUAUAGGGGUGACUAUUGUGACAUCACUCGGGGCAGAUACUCCCUGUGUUGCAGUUCAUUUAGGCAGUGGCAUUGUGAUAUCACUUAUGGGGGAGAAACAACUUCUAGGUUGGGCACUGUGGGUGUUACCAUGGUGACCGUACUCGGGGCAGAUAUUUCCUGUAUGUCAGUCAGUGCAGCACCCGCAUUGUGGCAUCACUCAAAACUCCCUGUCAGUAAAAAGGUGAUGUUUGUAUGGUGCUGGGGGGCACAGUAAUGCUGCUGAUAUCGGGGUCUUUCACAGAUUAGAGCAGUAAUUCCAGUAGUUGUUACUAUAUAUCCAACCAACUCCCCUUAUUCCUCUUUGUGUCCCCUAAACUCACAUUUUAUCUGCAGAUACAAAAGGGCCCCUCCAGCCCCAAAUAUCAGCCUGGCCCUCUGCUUUAGCCUCUCAAUUCCUCACUAUACAGUGACCUUCAUACACUGCACCCCCCCAAUAUUCAUACACUGCACCCCCCUGGUAUUCAUACACUGUACCCCCCCAAUAUUAAUACACAGUACCCCCCAUUAUUCAUAAACUGUACCCUAAUUACCCAGUGGAGGUGUCAGGCUGCAGAGUAUA